AUGAAGGUUGAGCUGUGCAGUUUCAGCGGGUACAAGAUCUACCCCGGGCACGGGAGGCGCUACGCCAGGAUCGACGGAAAGGUGUUCCAGUUUCUUAAUGCAAAAUGCGAGUCGGCUUUCCUUUCCAAAAGGAAUCCACGGCAGAUCAAUUGGACUGUCCUUUACAGAAGGAAGCACAAAAAGGGCCAGUCGGAAGAAAUUCAAAAGAAAAGAACCCGCCGAGCAGUCAAAUUCCAAAGGGCCAUCACUGGUGCAUCUCUUGCUGAUAUAAUGGCCAAGAGGAAUCAAAAACCUGAAGUUAGAAAGGCUCAACGAGAACAGGCUAUCAGGGCUGCCAAGGAAGCAAAAAAGGCUAAACAAGCAUCUAAAAAGACUGCAAUGGCUGCUACUAAGGCUCCCACAAAAGCAGCGCCUAAACAAAAAAUUGCGAAGCCUGUGAAAGUUUCUGCUCCCCGAGUUGGUGGAAAACGCUAAGGAGGCUCAUAAGGCUUAAAUAAAGAUGGAGUUGUAACUCUAGA